CCCUUGACACAUUAGGAUUAUCUUAGCUGGACAAACAGGAAAGAACACACGUCCAACCAACCAUGCGAUAGCGUGUGGGCAGUGUUUCUUUUCAAACAUACUUUUGUUUAUUCUUUACUGGUUGUUCAUUCUGUUUCCAAUUCUGUAGCACGUCGUCAUCCAUAAUCCGCAUAGAUAUUCAGAAAUCCGCGCAGCUUACAAGCUCAAGCCGGCGCUUAGUGUACAUAUACACGCCCUUCGGACUCAGCUGACUAAGCAGAAGACGCACAAGUCCGUGAAAAAGUAGGAAAAAAAGGGAGAAAAGACUUUCUAUGUGUCUGUGUUGGUAAAAGAAGAACGAAAUAGGCGAGUCAGAAUGUCAACGUACGCUUAAAAAGUUUCUCCGCACGUUGCUUUCACUUCACUGUUUUGCUGAUGUGUGUGUUUUAUAGGCGUAGAACUGCGGCGAGAUGAGUUGAGAGUGUCUGUCUUUUUCCCAAUCUGUUUUUUUUUUUUUCUAAACAAAACUCCAUUGCAUCAUCACGGCUCGUGAAAACAUGGAGGGCGAAACUCUUUAUGGGUCGGAAGACUCGCAGAGCGUCAUGUCAGAAAGAGUCCAGACGUUGGCGCGUAACAUUUACCAGGAGUUUCAGAGAAUGAUUCAAAAAUAUGAUGAGGAUGUAGUCAAGGAUCUUAUGCCCAACAUUGUCAACAUGUUGGAGUGUCUGGACCUGGCCUACACUGCUAACCAGGAACACGAAGUGGAAUUGGAGCUUCUCAGAGAAGAUAACGAGCAAUUGGUGACCCAGUACGAGAGAGAAAAGCAGCUGCGCAGAACUACAGACUCUAAACUUUUAGAGCUGGAAGAUGUGACAGAGGAAGAAAACAAGGUACUGCAGGCCAAAGUUGAGAGUCUUGAAUCUAUCGUCAGAAUGCUUGAACUCAAAUCGAAAAAUGCCACUGAUCAUGUUUUCCGGCUGGAAGAGAAAGAAAACGAAAUGAGGAGAGAAUUCACUAAAGUUCACGAUAGAUAUACAGAGCUAUUGAAAGUACACAUGGAUCACGUGGAAAGAACUCGAGGUUUAUUGGGGACAGACCGUCUAGAAGGAGCAGGUCUGUCAUCCAGACACACAGGAAUGCAAUCCUGGAACUUGAACGUUAAUCUAACACCUCCUCAUCAAAUCAUCAGGUCUACAGGGCCAUUGUCGUUUGGUUUCACAUCGCUGGAAAAUGCCGUCCUCACUCCUAGCAAUCCGAAAUUCUUUUCGAAUCCAGUCGCCGAUUUGGCCGGCAGCAUCACUACACCGUCUUCCCUUUCUCAGCCGAACGCUCUGCAAUCCGAAUUGGACAUGCAAUCGGAAUUGGAAAUGUCAGGCGAUGCCUCUGGAUUCGAACAAAACGGGACGGCAGAUCAGAGAGAUGUUUGGUCAUCGACCUCCGAAAAGAAGAAUUCCAGUGUGCUCAAGAAAUUUGACGAAGCUAUUUCUAGUCCUCAUCACGAGGGCAAAAGUUUGAAGCGGAAGGAGGAGCGAUCGAGUAAUACGUUGUACCAGGAACUGAGUUUCCAAGAGUCGUCAAUCCUGGAAGAUUCUAGUGAAAUUACGGGUAACUGGGUUCAUCCAGGCGAAUUUGCUUCUUCAGAUUCCGAACCGGAAUUGGAAGAUCACGUUGAGGAUGUGGAUGCGAGGAGGAAGAAAGUCACGGACAAUUUUUACGGUAUGGGCAAAGAAGUUGAGAACCUCAUCACAGAGAACAACGAACUUUUGGCGACCAAGAAUGCGUUAAAUAUUGUCAAAGAUGAUUUGAUAGCCAAAGUGGACGAACUCUCGAGUGAGCAAGAAAUCCUUCGCGAUGAAAUCCGAUCUUUGCAAUCGAUGCGGACUCGAUUGCGACUUCGGACGGACGAGCUGGAAGCCGAAGUGAAGGCACUCCGCGAGGAAAUCGAAAACGCUCGCAAAGCUGCCAAAUCGGAAGAAGAGGAAGACGUGCCACUGUCGCAGCGGAAGCGUUUUACUCGCGUCGAAAUGGCCCGCGUACUUAUGGAACGAAAUCAAUACAAGGAACGCUGGAUGGAACUCCAGGAAGCCGUUCGCUGGACUGAGAUGCUACGCGCUCAGAAAGCCGCCGGACAGCAAGAAGAGACGGACAAGCGUCAGAAGCAAUCCGUCUGGAAAUUUUUCAGCAACCUUUUCAAUGCGGGCAAUGAAAGAGAACACGGCCAGCAUCCAUCUACGUUGUUAAGGCAAUCUCAAACUGUUCCGUCGCUCCAAUUCCACGCCCAAAGCGGAAGAGUCGGACCUGGAUCGCCCGUCCGUUUAACCAACGACACAUCCAGGCCGCGACGCAAGGACAACGUUUUGAGUAGCGAGCGGCCGGAUGCGUCUGGAGUCAAGGCCCACGUCCGUCGCCAAGAUGGCCGACUUCAAGCCUACGGCUGGUCAUUGCCAUCCCGUCAAUCUGUACCUGCCGGAUCGGCUCCAACUGCGAUGGGAACACCUCCGGUCACGUCGCCGAAAGGAUCGUCCGUGUCGGCCACGACGGUCGGCGUUCCAGUGCCCGUCUACUGUCGACCUCUGGAGGAUCAAGAGCCGGGCAUGAAGAUCUGGUGCGCGGCUGGCAUUGACCUGACUGGCGGGCAGACUAAAGACGGUGGUUCCAUGGUCGGUUCCAGCGUCUUUUACAACCCUCUUCCGGCAGAUUCCGGUCCGACGCUGACUGGAGAAUCUUCGGAUUACACCAACAAAAAGGACGCCAUUCAAACGCUGGCGGCCGAACUGGCCGAGAGCCAAUGGGAGCGCGAAGACGCUGAAAUGUGGGAGCGACGGUUGUCCAGCUUGGUCUGGAUCAUCAAUUCAGCAACUGGUGAAUCUUGUAAAUCUCGAGUCAACGUCAUCGAUUCUAAUAGGCCAGGUGACGUCAUUUUGACGUUUGACAUUCUGGCCGCUAACGUCCUGUGCAUCGCCACUGUCGCUGGUGUAAAGGACAAUGAUUUCCCGCCUCCGUCAGAACCGACGCCGCCGCCGAUGUCGACAGAUGGCAGAAGCGAAGAGGACGAUGUUGUUGACGAAGAAUCCGCUUCCAUCCGCAGCGAUGGCGAUGGAUCGUCAUCGAAAGGCGAUGCCAUUGUGGGUAGUAUCCGUUACGUCAGUUGCAGCGUUGCCGGAUCCGACCCGCUGGAACACCCCAAAGAAAAUGAUAAUGAAGUCUUUCAACCCACUUUGUCUAAACGGAUGGUUUCUGUCGAAGGAGAAGCCGCCAUCUCAGAGCCGGAAGUUCCCGCCUCCCGAAAUCGAACGUUCCGCAACACUUGGAAUAUUCCUCCUUGGAGUGAUGUGAUUAAAGAUGGACUCUCCGAACCCAGUAAAAGUUUCGGUCCAGUUUCAACGGCGUUGGCCACCGUCUGGAUGGGAUGUCAAUGCGGCCGCCUCUACAUCCAUUCAGCCGUUCUUCACUGGAAGAAACCAUUGCGCGUCAUCAAAUUACCCGAUGCCGUCCUGGCCAUCAUACAUGUCCGCGGCCGAGUACUUGCAGCCCUGGCCAACGGUCAAGUAGCCAUUUUUGCCCGGUCAGCCACCGAUGGUGAGUGGGACUUGUCUGCCUAUUGGCUUUUGGAAUUGGCUCCGCCCACUGUGGCCGUCCGAUGCCUGACGCGAGUCCAUUCCACAGUGUGGGCCGCCUUCCGCAACAAGAUCGCCGUCAUCGAUCCUGAAUCUCUCCGCGUUGAGACUUGCUUCGAAGCUCAUCCGCGCAAAGAAAGCCAAAUCCGGCAACUGUGUUGGGCUGGUGACGGAGUCUGGAUAUCGAUCCGGUUGGAUUCUUCUAUCCGGCUCUUCCACGCCCACGACUUCCGGCACCUGCAGGACGUCGAUGUCGAACCCUACGUCUCUAAAAUGCUCGGGACGGGCAAGUUGGGCUUCUCCUUCGUCCGCAUCACGUCGAUGAUGAUCAGUUUGCAGCGAUUGUGGAUGGGCACGGGUAAUGGAGUCAUCAUUUCUGUUCCGCUGUCGGAGAGUUCGGCCUCUAGCGGCAAACCAGUUGUCAUCAAGGACAUUUUAUCGUCGCUCAAUCACAACCAGUUGGCAUCCAUCAACGGUCCGGCUUCAAUCAACGCUGGCGGAGAUGAGAGGGACGAAUCGACAUCACAACCGCCUUCCAGCACGUCCGUCUACAGAACGGAUAAACAAAUGAAUAGCGACCCGAGAGAUCGAGUGGUGGCCGGCAGCUUCAUUCCUUACUGCUCAAUGGCCCAAGCGCAGCUUUCGUUCCACGGUCACAAAGAUGCAGUCAAGUUCUUCGUUGCUGUUCCAGGACAAGGUGGCGCUUCUGCGGCAUCUUGCGAUGUUGCCCAACCGGCCGAAUCAGCCUCCACCGCACCGAGUCCGACGUCGAUGCUCGUUUUAUCCGGCGGAGAAGGUUACGUCGAUUUCCGUCAAGGUCAGGACGAUGAUGAGGAUUACCGUGGACUGUCGCACGGUGAAACCAGCCACAUCAUCGUCUGGCAAGUGCACUGUUGACUUUCCAGUUUUCACCUUUCUCUUGUCUUUCUUGAUUUGACCCUUGAAAAUGCUAAUUUCUUGUAAUGGAGAAACACACUUUUUUUUUUUUUAAACUUAAUAGGCUAAUCAAAUUCUAUACCUUUCUCACCUUUCAUUCUUUGUUCCUCUGUGUGUUGACUCUGCGAGAAAAAAUGAAACCAAAAAAGUAAUGAAUUCUUGACAGUAGGAAAUGGACGAUGGCUUGAGCCACUCAAAUUGAUAGAAUUCAUCAGCUAUUAUUAGACUUUCUUUUGCCACUUUGACCCUAGCAUUCCUUCGAUCUUUGUAAACCCGCACAUCCUGUUGUGAACGCUUUAUCAGUCAGUCGUAGUUGAUUACCCCCUCCAGCUAAAUCUAAUAACACUCUCUUUCGUUUCGUCUUUAAUGCAAAGUGUGUAUGUGCGUGACUGUGGGUGUGAGGGUAUUUAAACAACUCUCUCCGAUAAAUUGUGAAACCUUUCAUCUUUAAACAAAUAAUUAAGGAGCAGAUUAUACUCGUAUGCAACAACAACAACAAAAACUAUCGAAUACAAUGGAGUCGAUUGAAAAUAAG